AUGUGAAUGUUGCGAACUGUCAACAUUGGCUUGUCGACUUCCAAGCAAAGGAGAAGUUGCUUAAGAUUUUAUUUCACGUGUCUUUUUCAUUUGUGGAGACUACCCCUAAACACGAUGAAGGUUGUCGGAUCUACCUGCGCCCUGAAGAGCAAGGUCGGCGGAGAGAUGGGCCUGUCCGAUCAGAGCCUGACCAUCUCCAAAUGCAAGAUCCCGCUCCUGGACGAGCAGAUGAGCGUCUUCCUCCAGGACAUGAACAGCUGCUACAGCAAGCUCAAAGAGCUCGUGCCCACCCUGCCCACGAACAAAAAGGCCAGCAAAGUGGAGAUCUUGCAGCACGUCAUCGACUACAUCUGGGACCUGCAGGUCGAGCUGGACGAGCCGGAGAAGAGCCGUCAGCACUCCGUCAGCAGCGCCCCCCGCACGCCGCUGACCACACUGAACGCAGAGCUCGCCAGCAUCUCAGUGGAGAAUGGUUGCUCGGACGACAGGAUUAUGUGCCGCUAAGAGCUCGUGGAGCAUCGCCCCAUCAUUCCAGCAGCGUGCACCCGCAAAGAACGAACAAGGCGACUUGGUGUGACCUCUGGACCACAUCAGCAUCUAGCGCCUUGAACUGUGUAGAGGCGCUUCAAACUCCCAAAGCUAGAAAAGAAAAAAGAAAAAGAAAAUAAAAUAAUUUUUUGGGACCUUCUACAGCAGAGAUGGUCUCUGUCAUCCUGGCUCUCGAUUCAUCCGAGGGCGAGAUGAAGAGGAAGACUAGCGAGCCCAGAUAGAGACUGGGUUAGUCCGGGGACCAAGACGAGUUCAGAGCAACCAGCUUGUUGCUUGUAGAGUUUCUAACGCAAACAUUUGUUUCUGUCGCGCUCUUUGUAUCAUGUGUAAAUCAUACAGAAGAAAAUUCAACAUUUUGUAAAAGACAAUAAUAAUUUCUCAGAUUCCUGAGCGACAAACUGUAUUGUAUAUUACAAUGCCAUAGUAUGUGAAGAUAUUGUUUUCUUACAAUGUACCUUAUUUGUGUUUUUAUUAAAACAAGACAAAUAUUUUUGAACAAGAA